GCAUCCGUCGUACCAAGUCUGUCUCUGGGACUCUCCCUUUCAUCUCCGCACCUUCCACCAGGUUCACUAGAUGCAUUCAUGAGGUGCAUGCUCGUAUCCCGAAUCUCAAGACGUGUUCUUGCCGAACAUCACCUUGCGCUCUCGAAGUCCCUUGGAACCAACAGCCUCAAUCACCCCGAGGACCCACACGUUGGCAUCAUUUACACUGCGCUCAACCUCAGUGAUUCCAUUGACAAGUGUGUCGCGCUCUUGCAUGGCAGGCCACACGAUAUAGUCGAUGAGAUUGGGGAAAGCGUGCCGAAUCGCGGAUGGCCGGAAGUGAUCGUCGAUGGUCACAUUGACACUAAGUUUUCCUACAUACGUGAACACCUCGAGUACAUCAUAUUUGAACUUCUCAAAAACGCAAUAACCGCUACUGGACUGGAUCACAGGAGUUCGCCUAACCUUCCUCCUAUACGAGCUACCAUCGUUCUUGGCAAGAACGACGUUCGGGUGAGAAUAUCUGAUCAAGGUGGUGGACUCUCAUCUGCUCGGAUCAAGUCACCUUCCGACCUCUUCUCUUUUUCUCACAUUCGCAAUGCAACACGCAUGGAUGACGCAUGGCUGGGCGCGCUACGCUCAGCCAGUUCGAGAGGCGUUAAAGCUACUGAAAAUACGCCCAUGGCGGACUGA